UGGCCAAAACAGAUAAUAAAGCUUGAAAACUGGUGCCCUGUUGCCAUGGUCGCAAAACAACGCCUGAAUGCCUGUGGCGUCAAUGGGCACUAAUAAGCAUCUGUAAUGUGGCAUCCUCCUUCAGUCUAGCUGGGACACUCGGCUGGACCCCAUCCACACCGCGGGCUCCGAAGGAUCACUAACUUGACCACAAGCAUGGUGUUAAUAACGCUGGCCCUCGUGGCCUUGCUGGUGACGUCAUUGUGGCUCUACAGCAAACACCGGCUUAGUUACUGGGCCAAACGAGGCAUUCUCUCUCCCCCGACUCUGCCUCUCCUCGGGAAUUUCGUCGACAUUGUGAUGGGGAAGCCCGGCAGGUGGACUUUCGAUGAAAAGGUCUACAGAAAUUACACCAAAGAAGGCCUUGGCGGGGCAUACGUCCUUCUGUCGCCUGUUCUUUACAUAUCUGAUCCAGAGAUGAUUAAGCAAAUUUUGGUCAAAGAUUUCGAUCACUUUUCGGAUAGACAGACAUUCACUUCCUUACAUAAAAAUGAUCGGACACUGAAUGAAUCAUUGUUCAAUAAAAACGGAGAGAAAUGGAAAAGAUUGAGAAACCUCAUGACGCCUGCAUUCACAUCAGGGAAGCUGAAGAACAUGUUCCACCUGGUCACUGAGAAGGCUGAUGCCUUGAAGGCAUUCUGCCUGAAGGAGGCUACCAAGAAUUCCUAUAUCAAUGUUAAAAAGGCAUGUGGGAGAUUCACCAUAGACACCAUCGCCUCCUGUGCUUUUGGCAUUGAAUGCAACUCCUUCGAAGACGAGGAUGCCGUGUUCCCUGCGAAGGUGCCGCCCUUUUUCGCAGCUGGGCCUCUGAGAGUUUUGAAAUUCAUGGUGGUUGCCGCUUUUCCAUUUAUAACCGGUUUCAUAGACUUAGGGGUCUUCCCAGAGGAGAAAUUCUUCUUCCAACAAGUUGCAGAAGAGACCAUCGCAGCGAGAAGGAGGGGAGCCAAAAGGGGUGACUUCUUAGACUUACUCUUAGAGGCACAAGCCAGUGAAAAAAAUUUUCCUGAUGAUCAGACCAAAGCAAAGAUUCUCGACGACGCAACCAUAAUUUCGCAGAGCAUCUUGUUCAUCGUCGUCGGUUACGAUACGACAGCAACGACUAUCGCAAUUGCAUCGUACCUCUCGUCCAAGAACCCCGAAGCUCAGCAGCGACUUCGUCAAGAGCUACAGGAAAUAGUUAGGAAGGAAGGAACAAUAACAUACCAAGGAGUAAUGGACGCCAAAUACUUAGAUGCAUGCAUAAUGGAGACACUGAGGCUUUAUCCACCAGCUCCAAAUUUAGAGAGAGUUUGUUCAAAAGACUACAAGGUUCCCGGAACGAACAUCACUGUAAGGAAAGGAGACAUAAUCGAGGUCCCUCUUUGGAGUAUUCACCGCGACGAGAAAUACUGGCCAGAACCGGAAGUCUAUAACCCUGAUCGAUUCAUGCCUGAAAACAAGGCUGAUAUUGAGCCUUGCACUCACAUGCCUUUCGGAGGUGGACCAAGGAACUGCAUAGCCAUGCGAUUCGCCCUACUGGAAGCAAAGGUAGCACUAUCCACGCUACUCCUGACAUUUGACAUGAAGACGGCUCCAGGUUUUCACGAUUUGGACCUAGCAAACAGUUCAUUCCUGAUCAUGCCCACGUCAGUGAACCUGGUACUCGAACCUCUGACGGAAGACUGAAACCUUCUGUGCCAAACAGGGGACUGCUGUGAUACCGAGAUGAUUCUUGAUUGAAGCUCCUUCCCUAAUUGUAUUUAUUUUCUUUUUGAUUUUGUCAAAGCAAUCACGCAAAGACAUUCAUCCUUAGGUAAUUAAUUAGCAAAGUUUUCUGUACUGAAGAUAACCUGAAUAUAAUGUACAAAUGUAUGUGCCUAUGCUGAGAUACAGAGAUAAUGAAUUAGGAGUUACAUGAAAUAAUUGUCCCAAUAGGUCAUUGCGACUGUGUCACUAUUUUCCAUAGUAAUAGGCAACUGUUGUUGUACAAGGUAUGCAUGUGUAUAUAUAUAUAUAUAUAUAUAUAUAUAUAUAUAUAUAUAUAUAUAUAUAUAU